GCUCCCUUCCCGCCACUGCCCGCCCCUUUCCCGCCCGGAUGUUAUUCUGGUUUUGCCGGAUGUUGUUGUAUGUCCGACAGACACGUGAGGUUCUGCUACGUCAUCACCAGGCACGCUCAGGAAACAUGGCGGCGGCGGGUGUUGUGAGCGGGAAGAUUAUAUAUGAACAGGAAGGAGUAUAUAUUCACUCAUCUUGUGGAAAGACCAAUGACCAAGACAGCUUGAUUUCAGGAAUACUACGUGUUUUAGAAAAGGAUGCUGAAGUAAUAGUGGACUGGAGACCAUUGGAUGAUGCAUUAGAUUCCUCUAGUAUUCUCUAUGCUAGAAAGGUAUUUAAGAAAAAAAAGGAUUCCAGUUCAGUUGUAGAAUGGACUCAGGCCCCAAAAGAAAGAGGUCAUCGAGGAUCAGAACAUCUGAACAGCUACGAAGCAGAAUGGGACAUGGUUAACACAGUUUCAUUUAAAAGGAAACCACAUACCAAUGGAGAUGCUCCAAGUCAUAGAAAUGAGAAAAGCAAAUGGUCAUUCCUGUUCAGUUUGACAGACCUGAAAUCAAUCAAGCAAAACAAAGAGGGUAUGGGCUGGUCGUAUUUGGUAUUCUGUCUAAAGGAUGACGUCGUUCUCCCUGCUCUACACUUUCAUCAAGGAGAUAGCAAACUACUGAUUGAAUCUCUUGAAAAAUAUGUGGUAUUGUGUGAAUCUCCACAGGAUAAAAGAACACUCCUUGUGAAUUGUCAGAAUAAGAGUCUUUCACAGUCUUUUGAAAAUCUUCUUGAUGAGCCAGCAUAUGGUUUAAUACAAGCAGGACUGCUAGACAGAAGAAAGCUGUUGUGGGCCAUUCACCACUGGAAAAAAAUUAAAAAGGACCCUUAUACAGCAACUAUGAUAGGAUUUUCCAAGGUCACAAACUACAUUUUUGAUAGUUUGAGAGGCAGCGAUCCCUCUACACAUCAUCGACCACCUUCAGAAAUGGCAGAUUUUCUUAGUGAUGCUAUUCCGGGUCUGAAGAUAAAUCAACAAGAAGAACCAGGAUUUGAAGUCAUCACAAGAAUUGAUUUGGGGGAACGACCUGUUGUUCAAAGGAGAGAGCCAGUAUCACUGGAAGAAUGGAAUAAGAACAUUGAUUCUGAAGGAAGAAUUUUAAAUGUAGAUAAUAUGAAGCAGAUGAUAUUUAGAGGGGGACUUAGUCAUGCAUUGAGAAAGCAAGCAUGGAAAUUUCUUCUGGGUUAUUUUCCCUGGGACAGUACCAAGGAGGAAAGAACCCAGUUACAAAAACAAAAAACUGAUGAAUACUUCAGAAUGAAACUGCAGUGGAAAUCUGUCAGCCAGGAACAAGAGAAAAGAAAUUCGAGGUUAAGAGAUUAUAGAAGUCUUAUCGAAAAAGAUGUUAACAGAACAGAUAGAACAAACAAGUUUUAUGAAGGCCAAGAUAAUCCAGGAUUGAUUUUGCUUCAUGACAUUUUGAUGACCUACUGUAUGUAUGAUUUUGAUUUGGGAUAUGUGCAGGGAAUGAGUGACUUACUUUCCCCUCUUUUAUAUGUGAUGGAAAAUGAAGUGGAUGCCUUUUGGUGCUUUGCCUCUUACAUGGACCAGAUGCAUCAGAAUUUUGAAGAGCAAAUGCAAGGCAUGAAGACCCAGCUAAUUCAACUGAGUACCUUGCUUCGAUUGUUGGACAGUGGAUUUUGCAGUUACUUAGAAUCUCAGGACUCAGGAUACCUUUACUUCUGCUUCAGAUGGCUUUUAAUCAGAUUCAAAAGGGAAUUUAGUUUUCUAGAUAUUCUUCGAUUAUGGGAGGUAAUGUGGACCGAACUACCAUGUAAAAAUUUCCAUCUUCUUCUCUGUUGUGCUAUUCUGGAAUCAGAAAAGCAGCAAAUAAUGGAAAAACAUUAUGGCUUCAAUGAAAUACUUAAGCAUAUCAAUGAAUUGUCCUUGAAAAUUGAUGUGGAAGAUAUACUAUGCAAGGCAGAAGCAAUAUCUCUACAGAUGGUAAAAUGCAAGGAAUUGCCACAAGCAGUCUGUGAGAUCCUUGGGCUUCAAGACAGUGAAGUUACAACACCAGAUUCAGAUGAUGAUGAAGAGGAAAAUGUUGGCAUGACUCCUUGUCCUACAUCUGCAUUUCAAAGUAACACCUUGCCUACACUUGCUGCCAGUGGAGUCAGAGAUGACAGCCCAGCACAGACAUCAGUGUCCUCAGAUGGCUGCAGAUUAACACCUGCAUGAUCAUUCUUCUUGCUUUUUUGGGAAGAGACACUUUGUUGCAACUCUUUCAAGUACUUGAAAGCUGGAAAUUUAAAAUUUUGGUAUUGAUCAUGCUUUAAGGUUUAUGUAAAGAAAGUGUACUGAUGUUCUUACAUUAAAGCUUUACAAAGAUUUAAACUAAUUAUUUUUGUAGUUACUUCUACAAAAUAGCCUUUCCUUUUCGAUAACAUUCCUGAGUAUUUUUAUAGUCAAGUACAUUUUAUUUUCUUGCUGAUGAACUGGAAUUGGAUAAAUAUCACAAGUGGAUGAGUUGGAAAUUACGCACUUUGAAAAACAUUCACUUUGUUUACUCUUAAAUUUAUUGGGUUUGGAUUUGAUUAAAUUAAAUGUGGAGGCUUUCUAUAGCAUUCUAAGCUGAGAAGUAGAUUGUUACCUAGUAAUGAAAUACAAAAUUAAAAGGAUUUUUUUCUCUAUUGUUUACAACAAUACUCAGCUUAAAUAUUUAUGCUGGUUGAAUGUGAUUUAAAUUGGACAUUUUCAUCAAUGCAAUCUAAUGUGUAGAUAAAUAAUUAUUUCAGCCAUAAUAAGUGGAUUGGCAGUAUAUUUUUUUGAUUGAACUUUUCUUCACUUGUAUAUAAAGAUUAUAUAUAAGUCCUUAUUUAUGAGUAUAAGAAAGGUUAGGCAUAUUUUCUUUAACUGAAUAAACUUGACUAUUGAUUUAUAUAACCCAGUUUAACAAAAUUUAACCUGGCUUCAAUAUGAGAUCUUUUUCAAAACUAUUUUCUUAAACAUUUAUUUCUUGAGAUUAUGUUCAACCCUGUACUUGGUGUAAUUUUAAAACUAAUUGCUUAUAACCUCACUUUACUAAUAAUGUUCAUUAUCUUUCCUAAUACUUCAUUAACUAAGUAAUCAGGUGUUUAAAUUUUUAUAAAAUACUCUUUGCAAAAAGCUUAUUUCAAAAAUUUCAAGAUGCUCUCAUGAGUCUCAAAAUAACAAUUUUUGUAUAUGAACAAAGCUGUUGUUUUUACCAUGCAGUAUUGCAUGAUUUUAAGUUAUGUGAAAUUAACAUAACUGAUUGUUUUAAUUGUAAGUUGUUAACUCCUGUAUAUAUCAUUAAAGUAAAUUUGAAGUUGA